AUGUCUUUGAGUUUCGAUGCAAAUGUUUCAGCACAACAACUGGUUGAAAUCCUACCGAACGGAGUAGCCGUACUCAAUCACCAAUACGAGUUGAUAUCCGCGAGUCGUCGAUUCCAACAGCUAAUACCAUGCUUCAAAUCAAAUUUCCGUGAUUGUUGGCUAGAUUCGGUCUGCGAAGAUGACUAUAAACGAGCGGUAGCAGAGUUUCAGCAAGCAUCAAAUAAUGGAAGCACACUUCGCACUGAAUACCGUAUCUCUGACGAGAAAGGCUUAUGGUGCUCACUUAUUCUAGAAAGGUUGGAAAGUGCAGACCUUCGAUGCUUCGGGUUGGAUGAAAAGGGCGGGUUUGUUUGUACAGUUGCGGAUAUAACAUCAACCAAGGUUGCUGAGAUCGUUCAACGGAAGGCGGCAGAAGCGGCACAAGAAUCUAAGAAGCAGCAAGAGCGUUUCAUCGAUAUGAUCAGUCACGAAGUCCGAAAUCCUCUCUCGGCCAUUUUACAUUGCACAGAGGAUAUUCUUGAGGCUGUAAACCAGAAGGCGACCGAAAUCCCAAAAUAUGACAUUGCCGAGGCCGCAGAGACGAUCGGUCUUUGCGUUUCCCAUCAGAAGAAAAUCGUCAAUGAUGUUCUUACUUUUUCAAAACUUGAUGCUUCGAUGCUCGCACUAUCACCACGAAGUGUCCAGCCCCAAAAGCAAUUGGCAAAGCCACUUGCUAUUUUUCGACCCGAGCUCCGGAAGCAGCAUAUCGAGUUCGAAUACAAAGCCGAUUUGUCUUAUCAUGAAUCGAAAAUUGACUGGGCCAUGGCUGAUCUCGACAGGAUGGGACAGGUUCUUGUCAAUUUACUGUCGAAUGCUGUCAAAUUCACAUCGCAAUCAAAAAAUGAGCGGAUGAUCAGAGUUUCGAUAGGAGCAGCGAUAGACAGACCUACCUCAUAUCCACCAAACGUGGUGUUCUUUGACUCCGGGAAGGCAGCAUUGAAGGAAGAUGCAACAAAUACGCCCGAGUGGGGGUCUGGCGAGAUCGUAUAUAUCAUGGUCGCUGUCAAGGACUCGGGUAUCGGCAUCAGCGAUCUCGCCCAGAAGAAGCUAUUUCAACGCUUCAACCAAGCGACUCCCAAGACGGAGAGUGUUUACGGUGGCUCCGGACUUGGUUUGAAUGUUUGCCGAAAGCUAUGUCAUGUCCACGGAGGCGAAAUCGGGGUAAGCUCGAAAGAGGGGCAUGGGAGCACUUUUGGGUUCUUUUUCAAGGUGCGCCGGGCCGAUCCAGGGAGUGGUGAUGAAUCUGGGCGGGAUAAUACUUCUCAAAUUGAUCAGCUCGUCUCCGGUAUUCAAGGACUGGGGAACGAAGUCAGUGGGGUAAAUCAAACCACCGAACAGCCCGUCAUCUCUGAGAAUCCACACGUGACUUGGGUCGGAGAGUCAGAACCCGGAGCUACUCCAGACCACAGAACUGUGCAUUCAGGUAAUAUAGCAAGGCAGGUCUCGGAAGAAGAGGUAGAUCGCCAUCAAAAAACCUCAAAUAAUAUCGGUCGCGAACAGAGAGAUACGGGCUAUCGCAUUCUCUUGGUUGAAGACAAUAUCAUAAACAGGCGGAUUCUUUCGAAGAAGUUGAAAUCCGCAGGUUUCCACAUUACAGAAGCAACCAAUGGACAAGAAGCAGUGGACGCAGCUCGGGAAAAUACAUUCGACUGUAUACUUAUGGACCAAGAGAUGCCAGUGAUGAAUGGUUGCACAGCAUCAAUGGCAAUCCGUGACACGGAGCAGGAUAGCUGCUCCCAUGUUCCGAUACUCGGCGUGACAGCGAAUGCUAGAGCGGAACAGGACGCUGAACUUCUCAGCUCCAAAAUGGAUGAUGUUAUCCAUAAACCUUAUGGUAUUGGGGAAUUGAUUCAGAAGAUAAAUUACAUGGUCGAUCAUUCCGGAUGA